CGUCGGACUAUCUCCACUUUCCUGGCUUCAGUCAUGGAUCUUUUGACUGCUGAACGCUCUUGCGAAUUGCUUGGACGCCUUGGGACGCCGAUGUUGAAUGCCUUGACGAUGCUGGAGGAUAUGCGACGUUCUGAUUCGAUGGAUGACGGUGGCGAGGUGAACGUGCUUUGGGAUGACGAGGCCAUUUGGUUGCUUGUUAUACGACAUCAGGAGGAAAACCUUAUGCUUGCUUGUGGCUUGGCGAACUACGUGAUAGCGACCGCCAGAUUAAAGACAUGUACAGCUCUGACUGCCAUCGAAGCCUGGGACUAUCUCCGGGACAUCUUGCUCCUCGUACUCACGCAACACUUUUUCUGUGAAGAUAUGGCUCUAGCACUGCUGAUUUGUCCAUCCGUCUGCAUUGCUCUCUCCGAGUUGCUUCGAUGGACUGCUCCGAGCGCAGUCAGGUACCUCUUGUCUUCUCCGUGGACAAUGACGUUAUGUCUUCGGUUGGAACGCAUCAGCGAAACAAACGCGGAGGAUGAUUUCUUCCACCGCUGCGUGAAAAGCCGCUUGCAGGACUGUGGAGGUCGGCUCCUCCGUUGGGUGAGAGUUAUAUGCGAUACCACCGGGACGUUUGGUCAUCUAUAUUGUACCAGGUGCAAGCCCUGCUUAAGGAACAGCCAUUGCCGCCAGACAGCCAUAAUUCGGCGAGUGAGCGAUCCCGCUGGCGCAUGAUCGUCUGCCAUCCAGAGCCAGGCUCCCGUCUUCUGCUUGUCCGAGGCGAUUAGGAUGAAUGAACACAUUCUAUCUGUCGGUAUUGUUCGCAUGAAAUUCCAUCGUCGCGGCGUCGCAGCAGCUCAGCCGAAACACGAGAGCUCACAUGUUCCCCAGGGUUGUCGAUUGUCUGUCUACCUGUUAUGUACCGC